UCUACCCGCCAUAUGCUUCGGGUAAACAUGGGAUCGCUCAUUGCUGCCCUAUGAGAACGAGUCACGAUGUAGGUAGAGCCGUAAGUAUACUUUGUUGGUGACGAUUCACUGUUACAGUGAGAGCCGUUCGUCCAUCCUCCCUGUCAUCGAAGAUGGGCAAGCCCAGCACAGUAUGUGGAAAGGCCAAAAAAAAAAAAAGAAGAGAAAAAUGAGGGUUGUUCUCUUUUCUCUCUCUCCCUGAAAUAUCGGGAUUGCUUCCAUGUGCGAGGGGCGGAUGAGGCCUCUGUGAUUUGGAAAUACAGGUUUUGGAAGGUGGCAACUCAAAUGCAGUCACAUUUGGAAGAUUCUCCCCUUGGUCACAGAUCCCCUGGGUCUUCUAAAAGGGGUAAAAAAAGGUCACUACAUAUGAUUGAAGCUGAUCUAAUGCAUUGCAGAAAUCAAUCUGUCGAGAGCCAUUCAAAAGAACUGAUGUUUUAUGAUCCUGGUACAAGUCAUGAAACACCUGUUGUUACUAAUCACAUUGAGAAUCAUACUCCCUUCAGAAACUUCUUGGUUCCAACUCCUUCCAGUCGUGCCUAUUCAGCAAUUGGAACAUUCACUAUCCAAUGUGCUUCAUGUUUCAAAUGGAGGAUAAUUCCAACAAAAGAAAAAUAUGAACAGAUACGUGAAAAGAUAUUGGAUGAAUAUUUUGUAUGUGAACAUGCUAGAGAAUGGCGUCCCACUAUCCAAUGUGAAGAUCCUGAAGACAUAUCUCAGGAUGGCAGUAGAGUCUGGGCAAUUGAUAAACCAAACAUUGCUCAACCUCCUUCUGGUUGGGAAAGAUUGCUUAGAAUCAGAGGUGAAGGAGGCACAAAAUUUGCAGAUGUGUAUUAUGCUGCUCCAUCUGGAAAAAAGUUGCGGUCCAUGGUUGAAGUUCAAAGGUUUUUGGUUGAACAUCCAGAGUAUGCUAGACAAGGGGUAACUCUCUCUCAGUUUUCAUUUCAGGCCCCAAGGCCUCUUCAGGAGAACUAUGUGAGGAAACGUCCUUUACGUUUGAUGAAUUCUUCUGAUGGCAGUGAUCUUCUACUUCAACAGCUCCUUGAAGUUGAAGAAGUUAAUCCCUUGUCUUGUGCUGCUACACCAGCUUCAUCAAAUACAGUUCCUGAAAAACCAUUUCCUUCUCCUCCAAGUGAAUCAGAACCAUCAACUGCCAUGCCUCAAUCUGAACAAAUGAAGCUGAAAGAUGAGCAUGCUACAAAUGCAUCUUUUAAUCCCUUAUUUUGGACUGCUCCUCAUACAAAUAAAGAGAGAUUGGUAGGCUCACCAACUUUGCCAAGUUCCGUCCCUGAAAAACCUGUUUUUUAUCUGAAUGAAUCAACACCACUGAUCUAUGUGGCCCCGUUAGAACCGAUGAAGCUUACAAAUGAGCAUUUUGCACACACAUCUCCUUUUAAUCCAUUGACUUGUGCUGCUACACCAGCUUCACCAAAUACAUUUCCUGAAAACCCAUUUCCUUCUCUUCCAAGUGAAUCAGAACCAUCGACUGCCAUUCCUCAGUGUGAACAAAUGAAGCAGAAAGAUGAGCAUGCUACAAAUGCAUCUUUUAAUCCCUCUACAUGGGCUACUCUUCCUGCAAAUAAAGAGCUAAUUUUUGGUAGUGCACCAGCUCCACUAAAUGCUUAUUGCGAAAAACCAGUUCCUUUUCCUGCAAACGAAUGGACACUACCAACUUCUUUGCCUCCAGAAGAGAUCAAGCUUAAAGAUGAGCAUCCUACAAACCCAUUGUUUAGCCCCUUGUUUUGGGUCGAUCUUCCUACUUGUAAAGGCCUGACGAUCGGUGCACCUUCAUCACAAAGUAUAACUCCUGAAGAACCAGUUUCUCCUCCUAAUGAAUCAACUCUGCCGGUAUCGAUGAAGCUUAAGGACGAGCAUCUUGCAAAUGCAUCUUCUUGCGAGUUGUGAUGCUUUAGCUUGUUAUCUCUAUUUCAUUUACUUGUAACUUCAUGCUCAGUGAGAUAGAUAGGAAAGAUCAAAUGCAGACACAAAAGGAUGACUUUUCUUGAACUUUGAUAGGGAUACAGUUGUUGUGGCAGAUUAGCAUAUGAGAUUUUGAAGUUAUCUGUC